UGGCCUUCCCGUCUACAGCGCGCGGACUGGGAGGCUGAAGCGUGCUUGUCGUUCUCUCCCGGUGAAUAACAGGAGGCGGGAGAGGAGAAUCAAAAAGUGAACAACCGGAGUUGUAAUGACACCACGGAAUCUACACUAACGGCUCUUUCUCCGGACAACAUUUCACCGCCUGCCUGCCCUAAAGACUGUUCAAUCGGGGGAACCCAUGGAAGUGGAUCACGGCUUCGUUCGAAGGCGGCGAAUGACAGGCGAGCCAGGAGCAGGGGAACCCGGGGUAGCAACCGCCUCCACCGAAGCAGAGCUACGAUGGUUCGGCCCCAGAUUCAUGGGAGUUUCCGAUGGUUUCAUUGGGAGUUUGUCGCCUCGGAUAGGGGAGAGCGAACACACACAGACUGUACAGGUCCAUGGCCCCAUGGACAACACGGACAUUUCAGAACCGGACUAUGAGUGCUUGCCCCAGGGCGCCUCUACCAGCACCCACAUGUUAGCCGGGGCAGUCGCUGGCAUUAUGGAACACUGUCUCAUGUUUCCAGUAGACUGUGUGAAGACGCGUAUGCAGAGUCUGCGUCCAGACCCGGCGGCUCGCUACCGCAAUGUGCUGGAGGCGCUGGGGCGAAUCGUGCGCGAGGAGGGCCUGUAUCGGCCAAUCAGAGGGCUGAACGCCACGGCCAUCGGGGCUGGCCCCGCCCAUGCGCUCUACUUCGCCUGCUACGAGAAACUGAAACACAAACUCAGCCCCGGACAGAACAGCCACCUAGCCAACGGAACGGCAGGAUGUGUUGCCACAUUGCUUCACGAUGCAGCCAUGAACCCAGCGGAAGUGGUGAAGCAGCGUAUGCAGAUGUAUAAGUCUCCGUACAGGGGUGUGUGUGAGUGUGUGCGCUCGGUGUGGAUGCGAGAGGGUGUCGGAGCCUUCUACCGUAGCUACCCCACACAGCUCACCAUGAACGUCCCCUUCCAGGCGCUGCACUUUGUAUGCUACGAGUGGCUCCAAGAGCGCCUGAACCCCCACAGACUGUACCACCCGGGUUCGCACAUGAUCAGUGGCGCCCUGGCCGGGGCCAUCGCGGCCGCCGCCACCACCCCGCUGGACGUCUGCAAGACGCUGCUCAACACGCAGGAGUCCCUGGUGCUCAACACAAACACCGGCGCCACUCAUACACACGCGCACGGCCAAAUUACGGGCCUGGGCCAGGCCUUCCGCACGGUGUACCGAAUGGGCGGCGCCUCGGCCUACUUUAAAGGAGUACAGGCGCGCGUCAUCUACCAGAUGCCCUCCACCGCCAUCAGCUGGUCCGUCUACGAGUUCUUCAAGUACGCCAUCACCAAGCGGCAGAACGAGAAGCGCAGAGGAAACCAAUAGGAAACGCCGGUUAUUGUUAAGCCACGCCCCCUCUCCCCUUCAUUACAAGACCACACCAUCAUCGUUAUCAGCUGGUCCGUCUACGAGCUGAAAUGUCAUCAAUAAAAGACAGAGGCAGAAAGAGAAUCUCAGUUUAUUUCAAGACAACACCCCUCAAUGCUAGGCCACACCCUUCGUUUAAAGGCCACACCUCUAUUUGGACAGACCACCACCAGUAGAUUUCCGUUUUAGUGCCGGCCAUGAACUCGUGAGUUGAUGACCUGAAAUAUAUGAUUCACCACCAAGAGAGGGAGAGAGCAAGAAACGACGUAAACUACAACCUCACCAAAUGGCCUAACUCAGAGGUGGGAAACCGUAAAGUCCUCCAAGGGCUGUGCUGUGAACACAAACCAGGAUUUCUCCCUGCAUUUUAGGCCUAUAUUGAAGGUGGCCACCUUUACAACAGACCCCACCUUCACUAGGUCUCCUGAAAAUAUAACUUAAUUAUACUGCAAAUGUAAUUUCUGAGAUUGCUUUAAAAAACAUGUCGUACUUCAUGUGAAACUGCAUAGCAUUAAAAUUAGGUUCCCCACCCCUGGCCUAACUUAAUUACGGGCAGCCCAUAAGACACGCCCCUUCACCAAUAGACACACCCCUCUUCCUGUCAUCACGCCACUCUGCUGUCUACAGCUACCAAUGGUCAAAUGGCUCAUGGCAUGACCAGGAGGACUAAACCUAACGCCUCUCUCAGACUGCUCACUCUUCCCUAUCUCCUUCUCUUAUGUACACUUUCUUGUGCUCUCUCUCUCUCUCCUUUUGCUUACUAUAUAGUCUGCUGCCUCUAGUGGACACACUUUCUUUCUCUCUCUACUUAUUUCUCGUUCUCUCUUACUCUUUCUGUCUCUUUCUAAUCCUCUCUCCCUCUCAUCUUCCUUCACUCUCUCAUUCUCGUUUGUCCUUCCUUCUUGUCUUUCUCCCUCUUGUCUUCUUGUCUUUCUCCCUCUCGUCUUCAUCACCCCUUCUCACCUCUCCUCCCUCCUCCUCUCCCUCUCCAUCCCCUCCUCUCGUGUGGCCUGUAGUCUUAUAUGUAAAUAUGGGGGACUUGGAGGUCGUUAAAGAAACGCACACAAUUAAAAACCCUAAUGCCUGACCAACCAACCCCCUGCUAGACACACACACACACACACCCCAGGGAUGGUGAUGAUUUUUGUAAUGAGUGUUGUGGAUAGUGAAGGUGUAAUGUCGGCUGCUAACACUAGGGGGCUCUGCAGCCCUCUACAGGUUCAGCGCACUCUAAUAUGCGCACACAGGUGAAGUAGACGUGGCAGAAAUAUGAAUGAUGAUGAGGUGUGUGAAUUCCCCCAACUGGUCCUUAAUUGACCCCAAAUUGAUCCCUAAUUGACACCUAAUUGAUACCUACAAAAUAAUCCCUAAUUGAUGCUGUUAUUGAUGAAUGCUAGGCGUGGACAUUGAAUGAGAAUAUGGAGAGUUCUAUAAUUUAUUGAAACCUUGUUGUGGGGGGUAAAGAAUAUUUUUAUAGCAUCUAUAUUAUAUUAAUAGCCCCAACUACUGUGUGAAUCUUCAGGCUAUGUGAACAUACGCACACUUAAAACAGACACACAUGUUAUUCCAUUAUUGUUAGUGUUAACAGUUAUCUGUGUGUUGGAGCACAGAGUUAAUGUAGAUGAUCCUUACUGGAGCUGUUCUCUACAGAAGACUGCUAGGGCUGAAGAUAGAGACACAGGUGUGAGUGUGUGUGUGAGAGAGAGAGAGAGAGACUGUGUGUGUGUGUGUGUGUGUGUGUGUGUGUGUGUGUGUGUGUGUGUGUGUGUGUGUGUGUGUGUGUGUGUGUGUGUGUGUGUGUGUGUGUGUGUGUGUGUGUGUGUGUGUGUGUGUGUGAUUGCGAUUGCUUGUGAGAGAGUGCUGCAGGGUGGAGAGGAGAAGAGAAGCAUAGUGUCCCCCUGGAGGAGGGAGCUGGAGCUGCAGGCCCCAGAGAACUGGGGGAUUAUGGGAAAUGUAGUACGGAAGUGAUCAUGCAGGAAGAAGACUCACUGUAUCUACAGGGCCCAUCUGCUGUGUGUGUUCCUUCAAUAAAGACUGGACUACAUCACCUGA